GGACAUUUUAUUAAGAUUUACGUCUGUGGCUUCCUUUAUUCUGUGUAUAAAGGACCAAGGAGUCAAAGUUAGUGAAGUAAAGAGAGUAACAAAGAAGAAAAGAAAAAGAAGAAGAGAAGAAAAAGAAGUUUGAGAAACAAUGGGGAGAGCAGUGAACUCAGUGCUGACAACAGUGACAGUCUUUCUUGUGCUUCUUUCUAUUUCAGUCUGGAUGGUAGAGGGAAAAACCAGGCAUUAUAAAUAUGAUAUACAAUUGAAGAAUGUUAGCAGACUGUGUCAUAGCAAGCCCAUUGUCACAGUGAAUGGACAGUUCCCUGGGCCAACUAUUUAUGCUAGGGAGGGUGACACAGUGCUCAUCAACCUCACUAAUCAUGUCAAAUACAACCUUUCCAUCCACUGGCAUGGUAUAAGACAGCUGAGGACAGGAUGGGCUGAUGGGCCUGCUUAUAUCACUCAAUGCCCAAUUCAAACUGGGCAGUCUUAUACUUACAACUUCACCAUUACUGGGCAACGAGGGACACUCUUCUGGCAUGCUCAUAUUCUAUGGUUGAGAGCAACAGUCUAUGGAGCCCUUGUUAUUUUACCCAAACUAAAUGUGCCUUAUCCAUUCCCCAAACCCGAUAAGGAAAUCACAUUGAUUCUAGGGGAGUGGUGGAAUGCAGAUGUGGAAGCUGUUAUAAAUGCAGCACUCAAGUCAGGAGGAGCACCCAAUGUAUCCGAUACUCACACCAUUAAUGGAAAACCAGGUCCUCUAGGCACCUUCACAUGUCCUACUAAAGAUACUUUUGUGCUUCCAGUUGAGCAGGGCAAAACAUACCUACUGAGAAUAAUCAAUGCUGCACUGAAUGAUGAGCUCUUCUUUGAUGUGGCAAGUCACCACCUCAAAGUGGUAGAGGUGGAUGCAGUGUACACCAAACCAUUUGAGACCAAAUCUGUGGUGAUUGCUCCAGGGCAAACUACAAACGUUUUGCUCCAUGCAAACAAAAACCCAGACAGGUAUUUCAUGGCUGCUCGCCCAUUCAUGGAUGCCCCUGUUCCUGUAGACAACAGAACAGCCACUGCAAUCUUGCAAUAUAUCAAUGCACCCAAUUCAUCGUUUUCCUCCAACAUGAUUGUGAUGCCCCAAAUCCCAGCUCCAAAUGAUACCGCAUUUGCCACCAACUUUAGCAAGUCUAUCAGGAGCUUAAAUUCUGCCGAAUACCCUGCAAAAGUCCCACAGACAGUAGACCGCAAUCUGUUGUUCACAGUAGGGCUUGCAUUGGACUCAUGCUCAUCCUGCAUAAAUGGCACCCGUGUAUCUGCUUCAAUCAACAAUGUAAGCUUUGUCAUGCCCACCAUUGCCCUUCUGCAAGCACAUUAUAAUAACAUCAAUGGGGUUUUCACUAAAGAUUUCCCAGAUAACCCUCCCAGUCCUUUCAAUUACACAGGCACACCGCCAAAGAAUCUAUUCACUUCCAAAGGAACAAGACUCACUCGUCUCUCAUACAAUUCAACAGUGCAGUUAAUUCUUCAGGAUACCAGCGUCCUGACUGUGGAUAACCAUCCAAUUCAUCUCCAUGGCUUCAAUUUCUUCAUAGUGGGUUCAGGUUUCGGCAACUACAACCCAAAUAAAAACCCAGCCAAAUUCAAUUUGGUAGACCCUCCAGAGCGUAAUACAGUGGGAGUGCCAACAGGCGGGUGGACUGCCAUUCGAUUUACCGCUGACAAUCCAGGGGUUUGGUUCAUGCAUUGUCAUCUGGAAGUGCACACAACUUGGGGAUUGAAGAUGGCAUUCGUGGUGGAGAAUGGAAGUGGGCCCGAACAAUCCAUAUUGCCUCCCCCAAAAGAUCUCCCCAAGUGCUAAUGUUACAGCUAUUGAUUGGCUUUAUGUUCAAUGUUGUGUAUGAUACAAGUGUGAAGGACAUGGUUUUUACAGAGUGUGAAAUGGUUUUGUGCGUCAUAACAGUCUUGCAAUUCGCCACUUGGUCGAAAUCGAGACCGGAAAUGUGUGAAAUAGGGUUUUUUAAAGUUUAACUUGAUUGAAUAUACCUAAUCAAGAAAUGUUUAAAUAUGUAAAGGGCAUAUAAAUGUUUUGUUCGAUUCUUACAAAAUACAAAUUUCUUACCAAGGAUUAGGUAUUUUGGAACUAAGAGAAGAUACAUGUUAAGAAAA